CAGCUCAUCUACUGCGGGACCGAGAACAAGAGCGAGGUCACAUCAUGAUUGAGAGUGACAGAGAGCUGUCGGCCAUGGUGCAGGAGCUGUGGGACAAUGACGUCAACAGACUGAAACCUGGGAAAGACUACAGGAUCUCUCUGCAGGGCAAAGCUGGAGACAGCUUGGCCAUGAAUGACGACAACAAUGAUGGAGCAGGAUACCCUCUUUUUACAUUUGUCGAUGAGAACAUUUUCAAGAAGGAGACAUUUUUAGCCUUUAUCUCCCUGUUGGAUAACUAUGAGAGCGACACCGGUGAGCCAGAAAUUGUGACCCCGGAGGAGGUGGCAGAGAACCACAAGUUCUUGGACCUCAUCAUACAGACUCCCACCAUGAAGAUUGCUCAUAAAUACCUGGUAGAGAAGAACCUCUCUCCGGCAGAUAACACAAAAUUCAAGGAGCAGCUGAACAGAAUUUGGUUUGAACUUUAUGCGAGGAGAGGAUCCAGCAGGCCAGACUCCUCAGGGUUUGAGCACGUGUUUGUUGGAGAGACGAGAGGCAGGCGAACAGUCAUUGGCUUUCACAACUGGAUCCAGCUCUACCUCCAAGAAAAGCUGGGACACAUUGACUAUAAAGGCUACAGUGUCAAUGCAAAUUCACCUCAGCCGGACGAGAACAAACACAUCCUGGCGCUACAGUUCAGCUGGAAGAACGGUAUAAAGCCCAAAGGCAGCAUCUUCAUCGGUGUCAGCCCGGAGUUUGAGUUCGCCCUCUACACCCUCUGUUUCCUCAGCUCACCCAACGAGCGUGUCAAAGUCCAGUUCAGUUACUACGACGUGGAGAUUGUUUGCCACCACUACAACCAGAAGCACAUAGGCACCACUUACCCUGUGCUUCUGAAAUACCAGAACCCUCCCAAACGUAAUUAGAAAUUCAUUUCAGAUUUAACUUCUCCAACACUUGAACUCGCAUACAAAGUG